ACAAUGCAAAUUUACUACCGGCAUCCUCAAGUAACCUUAGCGCACAGAGUGCAGAACAUCACUUAACAGGAGUGGACGCAAAUUUACUCUUGCCUAUAACACAGCCAACAUUACUUCAAUUUUAUUUAACAUACACACAUACGAACAACUUUAGUGAUCUUUCAAUUAACGUGAAUUCACUAGUUGGUGAAAUAAGUCUUUCUUGUCAGACUGCACGAACUUCAAACGGAGAUGCGGUUAAUAUUUCAUCUGCAAACUCUGGAACAAGCUUUCUUCGUGGUGUUUGUGAUCACCACCAUCAACGCCGUGAAAACACCAGCAGGCACAUGCAGUCCCCAGCACUUCAAGUGUGGCAACGGGAAGUGCAUCCCCCUGAGGUGGGCGUGUGACAGCGCAGACGACUGUGGAGACGGCACGGACGAGCUGCCUGCUGUCUGCAUGGCCAAGACAUGCAAGUCAUCUGAGUUCAAAUGCGGCGGGCGGCUCAACCAGUGCGUGCCCAGCCUCUGGCGCUGCGACGGCAAGGCUGACUGUGAGAAUAGUUCCGAUGAGGAGGGAUGUGCCCCAAAGGAGUGCACCAACAGUGAGUUCCGCUGUGCCAGUGGCCAGUGCAUCUCGUCGUCGUUCGCGUGCGACGACGAGGCCGACUGCGAUGACGGCAGCGACGAGGCGUCCUGCCCGCCCAUCACCUGCAGCGCCAUCUCCUUCCGCUGCAAAAACUCCCUGUGCGUGCCCCGCCUGUGGGCCUGCGAUGGCGACGCCGACUGUGCCGACGGCUCAGACGAGUCGCCCGAGACGUGCGGCUCCCACGCCCUGCCUCCGCCCGCCCGGCACUGCGCCGCCCAGGAGUUCCACUGCGGCAGCGGCGAGUGCAUCCACAAGAGCUGGAGGUGCGACGGCGGAGAUGACUGCCUGGACCGCUCAGACGAGAGCAACUGCACACGUCCCACCUGCCGCCCAGACGAGUUCCAAUGUGGGGAUGGAACCUGCAUCCAUGGCAGCCGUCAGUGUAACCACGUGUAUGACUGCAAGGACAUGAGUGAUGAAUUGGGCUGUGUUAAUGCCACCCACUGUGUGGCCCCAACCAGGUUUAAAUGCCGCAGCGGGGAAUGCAUCAGCAUGGAGAAGGUGUGUGACAAGCAGCGCGACUGCAGGGACUGGUCCGAUGAGCCGCUCAGAGAGUGUGAUUCUAAUGAAUGCCUGUACAACAAUGGAGGGUGCUCACAUAUUUGCAAUGACCUGAGGAUUGGAUACGAGUGUCUGUGCCCCUCUGGUUUCCGUUUACUGGACAAGAAACGCUGUGAAGACAUUGAUGAAUGUGCCAACCCAGACGUGUGCAGCCAGAUUUGCAUCAACCUGGUGGGGAGCUACAAGUGUGAUUGUAAAGAGGGCUAUCAGAUCGACCCCUCCACUAAAGCCUGCAAAGCCAUUGGUACGGUGGCCUACCUGUUCUUCACCAAUCGCCAUGAGGUAAGGAAGAUGACGCUGGACCGAAGCGAUUAUGUUCGCGUCGUCCCUCGACUGAAGAACGUGGUGGCUCUGGAUAUGAAUGUGGCCUCCAAAGAGAUCUUCUGGUCUGAUAUUUCCCAUAAGAAGAUCUACAAAACGUUUAUGGACACAGCCUCCGACUCUUCCCAGCAUACUGUCGUUGUAGGUGAAGGUAUCGAUGCUCCUGAGGGCCUCGCUGUGGACUGGAUUCACGGUACCAUUUACUGGACAGAUAGCCUCCGUGGCACAAUCUCUGUGGCGACAGUCGAUGGAAGCCGUCGAAAAACCAUCUUCAAGGAGGGCCUGGCUAAGCCACGUGCCAUUGUGGUGGAUCCAAUUCGCAACUUCAUGUACUGGACUGACUGGGGAAAUCCUGCAAAGAUUGAGAAGGGAGGCUUGAAUGGAGGCGACCGCAGUGCCUUGGUGGUGGAUGAUAUUGUGUGGCCCAAUGGCAUCACCCUUGACUUGUUGAACCAGCGGCUGUACUGGGUUGAUUCAAAGCUGCACACCCUCUCCAGUAUUCAUGUCCAGGGAGGUGGCCGCCGCACUCUCAUCAUAGACCAGCAGAAGCUGGCCCACCCUCUCAGUGUCACUGUGUUUGAGGAGAAAGUCUACUGGACAGACGUCAGCCAGAACGCUAUCCUGAGUGCCAACCGUGUUACAGGUGGGGACAUCACCCCAGUGGCAGAACACUUGACAUCACCUGAGGAUAUUGUGCUGUACCACAACCUCAAGCAACCCUCUGGUAUUAAUUGGUGUCGAGGGGGCAACGGAGGGUGCGAGUUCCUGUGUCUAGCUGCUCCACAGGUCUCCAGAUACUCUCCAAAGUACACUUGUGCCUGUCCUGACCAAAUGGUUCUGGCUAAAGACAUGAGGAAGUGUGUGCCCGCUUCAGCAACGGUGCCACCUCCUGUUGAGCCCAACGUUUCUGUGCCAUCCCCUGUACAACCCAAGGUUCCAGUCACCAGUCGUCCUCAACCUCCGCCCAAAACCACACCUAAACCCCCUGCCCCUGUCUCCUCUAAGGAACCCCUCCCAGCCAGAACCACUGCCCGUCCAGCACCUCCAGCUAAACCCACCCAGCCAGAGAGACCAAAGGUCUCCGACACCACCACAGAGGAUCCAGCCACCACCCAACCAGACAAACCAAAUGGUGUUCCACUAGUCAUUCCAGAGAAAGCACCCUCAAGCUUGACUUCCCUCUACAUCGCAAUGCCAAUUGCGUUUGUCUGUCUGGUGGCUUUUGGCGUUGGAGCCAUGUACAUGUGGAGACACUGGAAGUUGAAGAACACCAACACCAUUCACUUUGACAACCCUGUGUACCAGAAGACCACGGAAGACCAAGUCCACUUAUGCCGAAACAAUUCAGAUGGCUAUAUUUAUCCUGUGCGGCAGGCAGUCAGCUUGGACAAUGAAAUGCCUUGAUGUCUACAUUGGUGACCACGUCAGUCAGAGGAGCUAAGGCAGGACGAAGAUCAAAGCCAUGAUUUAUAUGGAGGUUCUCAGAUGUCCUCUUCUUGGAAAGAGGGAAAAAUAUCCAGUUCUAUUGCGCCCCCACCAUGACCAAAAUACUGUGAACAUUCCUUUUAGGAUGACAGCCAUAAAUUACCCAUCCAGGGUACUUGGGGCAAGGCCUUAGGUCAAUGUAGCAGUCCCCAAUUGAUAGGAGAGUCCCCAUAAGGAAAUUAAAUUGUAUCAUUCCAUGAGCCCCCUCAGCUAGAAGAAGACCUCACAUCUUCUAGGUUCUCAUGUUUAUGUUAGUUUGUCUAUUGUUUUGUUGUCAAUGCACAAAUCAAUGGGGUUUGUGUAUGUGGGAAGCAAUAACAGUCUGGUCUCGAGAUGUGAAAAUGUUUAGGAUUUUGGAGCUGUUAAGUGUUUGUGUGUGUGUGUGUGUGUGUAUGUGUGUGUGUGUGUGUGUGUGUGUGUGUGUGUGUGUUAUAGAAUGGAAAUACCACCUUCAGAAUGAGCCAGUGGAAAGCCCUGUAGUUCUGUUGCUCUGGGAGAAUGUAGAUAAUGCAUUUGUGUCUAGCACACCUGGAAGCUUUGUAUGUGCUGCUUACAGUGUAUCGUGCUCUACCUCUACCGUACUAUAACAAGGUCUUGAACUGCCUGAAAGGCAGAAAAAGGUGUAUGUGUAUAAUACAAACCACACAAACCCCAUAAUAGCAAACACUAGUUUGAAUGUUUUUAAAGGUCUAGUUAAAUCCAGCCUGAGCUGAACUAACAAAAAGGCUUCACUGGAUUUCUCAAUGCCUCAACAGAACGAAGUGCCAAUAAGCUACUCUAUCUGUGCCUUGAUUUCAAUGCAGUUUACUUUGGUUCCGGAGCAUUCCAUCUUUUGUGUUCCAUUCAUACUUAAUGUUUGACAUUAUCUGUGGGAUGCUAGUAGGGCUAUUUCAAAUGCUAGUAGGGCUAGUUCAAAUGCAGGUCAAUGCAGUGUUCUAAGUGGUGCUAAUCUGUGUUUUGUGUUUGUGUAAUUGUAUUAUUCUGAUGGCCCAGAGUCUCAAGUGGUCCAUUCACAUCGACCUUACAUUAAUGUUGAGCCCACAGGGAACUCCCCAGCCCCCAUUCGUUAUGGUCUUUUUACUGUUUUAUUGAUAAGGAGGUUUAUCAAUUUGUUCAUUUUUGGUUGACUUCUUUUAGGCAAAGCAAUACGCUUCCUUAAAUUCUAAAAUCACAACAUAGUUCUACUUGUUUUCUUCUAUCAUGAUGCUAGAGGACAGAACACUUAGUUCUUCUGUCAUGAUGCUAGAGGACAGAACACUUAGUUCUGGCGCAGCACAUUGUGGCUGAUUUACCAAAUGCAGAAAAUCACUUCUUUAUUCUGAACACCAGUAUUGUGGAGCAGAGCUUCCGUAAAUCUCCAGUUAAACUACAUGAGAAGAUGCCAGCGGGGCUGUCCGUCCAUCACAGCAUACUUCUGUGUUUACAUCCAGAAUGUGUGAAAGCGUUAAAAGCAUUGCAUUGUGGGAUUGUGAGAAAGAGGGCGGUAUGUCUAUAGUCUGUGAAUGCUUCACCUUUACUGGAUUUAAUGGUGUUUCGAUGAGUAGUUUCAUAUGUACAUAUAUUUCAUGGGCAAAAAGAAGUGCCAAAAUUAUUUCACUUUUUUACCGGCUGUAUUAGGUACCAGUACAGAAAUGUUGUCAACCUUCAAAAUUACAGUUAUUUUACUGUGCAUUUGUAAAUAUUUGUAAAUACUUAUGAAUGUUUGUUCUUAAUCUUUGUCCCCACUUUGUACAUUCUAAAGCAUGCUUUGCAAGCAGAAAUGCCUUCUCUAUAUUUAUUUGAAAACUGUUAAAGAAUAUCCUAAUUAGCUAAAGGCUAAGGCUAUCAUCUUUUCAUUGGAAUCAAAAUCAGUUGUGACAGAGUCAUGACAGUUUUCAAAAUAAAUGUUUGAAAUCACGGUUGCUAUCGCACAUGUAAUCAAAUCACUUUGGUAUUAACUGAGAUUAAUUGUGAAAUAUGUCCAUGUUGUAUCUUCAAAUUACUGAAAACCAAAAUCAAUAGCAGUUUACCAUCAGUUAUUUAUACAGAAAACCUUCCUCGUAAAUUCUAUCCAAUUAAAUGAUGAAUUUAAAUUAUGAAGGCAUUCUUUUCUUCAGUGAUCAUCUAUUUGUAAAUCAAAUCAGGAGUUGAUAUUUAUUUCACAUGUUGUUCAGACUAACAUUGUAAAUAUAGAAAUUCCAGAUGUGCUUGUGAAAUCAGAAACCACGAAGGUGUAUGAUGUAAAACUAUAAAAUGGUGUCUUAAAAAUC